GAAGUAAUUAGGACAUUUUCAUGAGUCCUGGGUAAAUACUGCUGCUUCUUUGUUCGCUUCCUGAGUACUGUCCAUCAUGAGUAUUAAGUUCAAGCAAAGCAGUGCUCUUUAAAGAGAUUUACCGCUGCCUCUGUUGGCUUAGCUGAAUCUUGCUGAUGCAAUAAGUAAGAAGGUUUGCUUAUUCAUGGCAGCCUACAAAACUUCCACUCUAAAGUACCUAGAGUGAAGCUGUGUAAUCAUAGCAGCUGAACUUGUUGAAUUCUGUUUGUUGUCUUUUGUGCUUGAAAUCGUGAUUUUUAAGUGUUUUAAAAAGGCUUAAACUUGAACUAUAUUCUCACUGUUCAUUAUACUGGAUUCUGUGCUGGGGCUGUGGAUAUUUUCUUGAGCUUGCUCUGGUGAAUACAUUACUUCUAUUCACGUUACUUCACAGGCUGCUUCUAGUAGACAACGUGGCUCUCAGCUUGGGCACGUCAGCUAGGGCUUGGAUUGCAUCACACUUCUCUUAAACCCUUCAGAGUUUUCCAGGGGAGUGUUUAAAAUGUUUAAUAUGGUUGAGUCAUUUGUGACUGAUCUCUUCUCUUCUUCUCACAGUGUAUUUGAAGGAGGAAGAUGCCAAUUGUGAAAAACGUGAGCAGAGCUGUCAGCCAGCUGCUACAGAGCUCUGGUUGUGGAUGUGGGAUUUCCAUCGUGCCUGUUCGAUGCAUUGGCGUCUCACCCCGGCAGGUGGCCUCCGAUGCUAGCUUUCACUCGGUUUCUUUUUCCGAGUCUGAUCAUCCUCGGGUGCUAAUUACAGGUGGUCUUGGCCAGCUUGGAGUGGGACUUGCUAAGCUUCUGAGGAAACGCUUUGGAAAGAACAACGUGAUCUUGUCUGACAUUAGAAAGCCUGCAGAUAGUGUUUUUUAUAGUGGUCCUUUUAUCUAUGCGGAUAUCUUGGACUACAAGAAUUUACGUGAGAUAGUGGUGAAUAACCGGAUAACUUGGCUGUUCCACUAUAGCGCUUUGCUCAGUGCUGUUGGAGAAGCAAACGUCCCUUUGGCCAGAGCUGUAAAUAUUACCGGUUUACACAACGUUCUGGAUAUUGCAGCUGAGCAUAAUUUGAGACUCUUUGUUCCAAGCACUAUCGGAGCCUUUGGACCCACCUCUCCUCGAGAUCCAACUCCUGAUCUCUGCAUUCAGAGACCUAGGACAAUCUAUGGAGUCUCCAAGGUUCACGCUGAGCUCAUGGGAGAAUACUACCACUACCGGUAUGGUCUAGACUUCCGCUGCCUGAGGUAUCCAGGAAUUAUAUCCGCUGACUCUCAGCCUGGUGGGGGAACAACUGAUUAUGCUGUCCAGAUUUUCCAUGAUGCCAUAAAGACUGGCAAAUUCCAGUGCAACCUAAAGCCGGACACUCGUCUCCCUAUGAUGUAUAUUGAUGACUGUCUGAAAGCGACUCUAGAGGUCAUGGAGGCCCCUGCAGAGGCACUGAGCAUGAGGACAUACAACAUCAGUGCCAUGAGCUUCACUCCUGAAGAGCUGGCGCAAGAGGUGCAGAAGCACGUUCCUGAACUCCAGGUGACCUACAAUGUGGAUGAAGUCAGGCAGGCCAUAGCUGACAGCUGGCCGAUGAACUUUGAUGACAGGAACGCCCGGAGGGAUUGGGGUUGGAAACAUGAUUAUGAUCUCCCUGAGUUGGUGACUACAAUGUUUAGCUUCCUUGGGUCUGACUCCAGGAUUGCUCAAGCUAACUGAAAUACUUUGUAAGAUGUUUCCAGAUUUCCACAGAGGACCAGGAAGAAAUGGCUAAAUUAGUUUAUAAUCUUCUGAGUCUUAGAGCAUGUCAAUUAUUAUAUUUUGUAAGUAGCAAUAGAUUUGGGCAGAAACAUGCUGUAGCUGCAAUGUACUAUUAGAUAAAAGAAAUCAUUUGGUACUGUCUUCAAGCACGGCACCAAUGACAAACACAGAAUUCUUGAACUUUCACGCUUAAGCAGCUAGG